GCGUCGCCACAACCGGAUUCCAAACCCAUAUUCCAUUCUGAUUUCCUACAAAACAUUUCGAUUCCGUCCAAUAAUACUCCUCUUCCUUUCUUUGCUACUCUCACUCUUUAUCCACACCCAAUUCGCUCACUGUACCCAUGAAUCAGGCUGAAGAAGAAUCUUUAUAUCAUUCUUUAGAGGAAGAAGCAAUCGACGUUGACUGCCUACUUGUAGAACCACGGUCUGACCAAGUUUCCGUAAGUGGUGUAUGGUGUUAUGAAGAAGAUAACCUCGGAAAAUGCAACAAAACCGAAAACGAUUCCUUUAAUUUAGGUGGCCGAGCUUCGAAUAUAAACAUGGAAGGUGUAGAUACGACAAAUCUAAAUGCACUUGACGUUUUGCCACAUGAAGUUGGCGUCGGAAAUUUUCUAACAACAAGCAACGUCUCGCCCUGUGAUGAUUAUCUUUUAGAUUUUGGAUUUGAUCAUGGUGCUUGUAUAGGCUAUGCUUCCAAUGAGAGGUUACAUGUCGGAAAUUCUCAGUUUCCGAUAAAGGGUAGUUUCGAGAUAAAGAAUUCAUUGAGCGAAAACAUUUCGGGAACCGAAUGCCAGAAUUACUUCCUUAGCAACUGCAUUUCCGGAACAUCAACUAACUCAUCCGAGCCGAAAAGUUUAGAUAGAUUCGACGAUUUUUCAAAAUCUUUCAUAAACCAAGAUAUGUUACCGCCUCAUUUUUCACAUAACGGGUUGGAUAUAGCCCCGUUUUGUAAAGACGGGCCCACAAGCACGGGCUCUGCUCAAGAUCAUGGUGAAGUUGGUGCAGUCGCACACAAAAGAUCACGUAAGCCUACACAACGAUACAUUGAUGAGUCAUCGAUUCUCAGUAUGAUAAACUCUAAGAAAAGAAGAGAAGCUUCUUCCGGGUGCAAAGGCAAACCGCCAGGUGUUCGACGUGUCAGAAGUAAAAAUGAGGUCAAAGUCAAACCCAAAAAUAAAAUGGCGUCUUCGGAUGUCUCUUUUGAUAAAGCUAUUCAAGUACCGUUUAUUUCUCAAGCACCAACCGAAUGCCGGAAAAGUGUUCCACCGGCUAAAAUUGAAAGCCGCAUUGAGAUAUAUUCGAGCGGAUCUGAAGACGAUUCUGAGGAGAUAAUGAGAAAUAUGACAAGUGGCAGUCAGAGGAAGCUUCAUAGACUUUGGACCGUUUCAGAAGUAAAGAAGUUGAUUGACGGUGUUGCUCAUUUCGGGGUCGGGAAAUGGACUCAUAUUAAGAAACUACUCUUUUCAUCAUCCAUUCAUCGAACGCCUGUAGAUUUGAAGGACAAAUGGCGAAAUCUUUUGAAAGCAAGCCGUGCACUAAAGGGGAGUAGGAUAGAGGAGGAUCACAAAAGAAGCCAGCCAUGGCGACCUUUACCAAAGUCGAUCUUGUGUCGAGUGAGAGAAUUGGCGUCCGUUUAUCCAUAUCCGCGUGAGAACAACAACUCAAAGAUUUCCAAAUCGAAAGUUGCGCUUGCACAUCAUGUUUCAUCUCCUGCGAGGAUCAAAAGUAAUAAGGUUCCUGUUUCUUAAUAAAUAAAGUUUGUGUAUAUAAAACAUAUCCCAUUGGAGGUGACCUUUAUUUGAACAUCUUGCUGAAGAAGUUCUAACUGAAUGAAAAUAUAUGAUGCAUACAAAUAACUGUUUUCA